CUUUCCGGAAAUACUAAGGGUAUAAAUUGUUCUGAGCGCACAACACAGCAGAGGCCAAAAUGAAGACAAGCACAGUCUUGGUUCUGGUGGCUUUUGUUGUCAUGGGAAUGGACAUGGCCUACGCAUGGCUACCUGUUCACACAACACAACAAAAACGUGGUGCCUGCCCUGAGGUGCGUAGAGGACAAUUUGGGAUUUGUGUUGAAGCUUGCUCCGGAGAUCAAUCAUGUCCCCGUGAAAAGAAGUGCUGCAGCAACGGAUGUGGUCAUGUCUGCACAGCUCCUGUUUUCAAAAAGGGUGACUUUGGCAGGCAUGUGAAACAUGGAAAGGACCUUGACAAGCAUGUCUAGUGACCAUCCCUGGAAGAUUUCUCAGGAAUCCAUGAAUCCUUCGCCUGGCUACUCCCUAUUCCUGGAAUUGCAGCUCUAGAAGAUGAGGAUCUACAAUGGUGGGGUGACUGCUUUCUAAAGCUUGUGUCCCAAUAAACUGCAACUGUGGCAUUGUUCA